AGGAGCAGAUAUAAUAAUAAAUUAAUAUUCACUACAGAGGAAAUUAUGGAAAUAAAUACGCGCACAAAACGCAAUUAAAUAAGUCUUAUUUGUGCUAUAAUGACCUAAUCCUCUCCCAUUUCCACCAAAUCGGUUGAAAUUUUAAAAGUUCAUAACACACUCACUCACUCACUCACUCACACACUCACAAAGGCAGAGGCAGAGCUUCCCAUCUAUAAAAACACAAACCACACCAAGUUCACAACACUAUACACUCUCUCUCUUUCUCUCUCUCUCAUCCUGCAAUGGCUUCCCCCGCCAUGAAACUCUCCCUCUUCCUCCUCCUCACCCUCUUCUCCUCUCUGCAUAGCCAUGCAAGAGACAGCCAGUUCUUCAACAAAAUCCCCAGCACCACCAACAACGUUGCUGUCCCCAACAACAAAGAAGCUUCCACCAAUCAGCAAGAGCCCAAUUUCCUCCCGGAAAACGAGAACAGCUACGGCCUCUACGGCCACGAGUCCGGCCAAAACCCUCCCUCCACCGCCGCCGCCACCACCACCACCACCCCCGCCGCCGAAUUCAAACAACCCGUCAACAAAUACCUCCCCAAGAACUACAACCCGGUGGCCUACGUCACCCAUCCCGAAUCUGACGUAAACCAAGGCACCGCCGCCUUCCCCGAGGAAAGCAGCUUCAGCGCCACCCAUCCCGACAACGACAACAACAGAAACAAUUAUUACAGCGGCGCGCAGAAUUACUACAACAACAACCAGCAGCAGCAAGAGGAGGAUACCGAGUUCAGAAGCUACCCCGCCGCCGCCAACAACGGAGACAACGCCGCCGGCAACUUCUACUACAAUGGCGGGAGCAGCUUCAACAGCCAGCCGCAGGGGCAGAGCGAGGGCGCCGCCACCUUCAGCAACGGCCGCAACUCCUUCCAGCCGCAGGGGCAGAGCGAGGGCGCUGCCACCUUCAGCAGCCGUCGCAACUCCUUCCAGCCUCAAGGAAUGAGCGACACGCGCUACUUGGAAAACGGCAAGUAUUACUACGACCUUAACUCCGAGAAAUACAGCAGCAAUCACCCCUACGAGACCUUGCGAGGCGCUCGCCCCCAAAAUGAAUUCAACAACAGAAACUUCUACGGAAACAAUGCGUAUGAGUUCAACGGCGACAACUCCAUGGGAGGAUACCAGAACAGGGAAGAGUUCCAGGAUGACGAAAACAUGCCUUGAAGAACAAGAUGAUACUUAUUUAUUUUAAUUUACAGUCUCCAUUGAUGCUUUUUAAUGGUGUUUUUAAAUUAUGGUUUUUAGUGAAAACCAAACCACAGAUUUUAUUUCAAGUUGCUUUUUUUGCGGCUAGUGUUUUCUACUUCUAUAGUUGAAUUUCGUGGUGAAAUAUGAAAUGUUGAAAUAAUUUGUAUAUUAAACGCCCUAUAUUGGAGAAGUGGAAAUUAAUGUGUGUUUUUUUAUUUUA